AUGAACUCCCUUCGGUCCGCUUCCGCUUUCGCGCGCCGGUCCCUUGCGACCCCUCCUCCCACUGCCCCUCUCUCUUCUUCUUCUGCUCGCCUUCUUUCUUCCACUUCUUUCGCCUCUUCCUCUACUCCUUCUCAACGAUCUUUCUCCUCUGCCGCCCUUCGCCUCCCGCGCACUACCCGCAUCGCCGCGUCUUCCCGCUGGUCCGGAUCGACUCCUUCUCUGUACCUGACCCAAUCCCGCACCAUGACUUCCGACAGCAAGAUCAAGGUCAAGAACCCAGUGGUGGAACUGGACGGUGAUGAGAUGACCCGUAUCAUCUGGCAAGAAAUCAGAGAAAAGUUGAUUCUGCCUUACCUCGACAUCGAUCUCAAGUACUACGACCUGGGUCUGGAGUACCGUGAUGAGACCGACGACCAGGUCACCGUUGAUGCCGCCGAGGCCAUCAAGAAGUACGGUGUCGGUGUCAAGUGCGCCACCAUCACCCCCGAUGAGGCUCGUGUUGAGGAGUUCAAGCUGAAGAAGAUGUGGCUGUCCCCCAACGGCACCAUCCGUAACAUCCUUGGCGGCACCGUCUUCCGUGAGCCUAUCAUCAUUCCCCGCAUUCCCCGUCUGGUGCCUGGCUGGAACAAGCCCAUCGUCAUUGGCCGUCACGCUUUUGGUGAUCAGUACCGCGCCCAGGACCGUGUUAUCCCCGGCCCCGGUAAGCUCGAGUUAGUCUACACCCCUGCUGGUGGUGAGCCCGAGCGCGUCCAGGUCUACGACUUCCAGAGCGGCGGUGGUGUCGCCCAGUGCCAGUACAACACCGAUGAGUCCAUCGCUGGCUUCGCCCAUGCCUCCUUCCAGAUGGCUCUCAUGAAGGGUCUGCCCCUGUACAUGAGCACCAAGAACACCAUUCUCAAGCGCUAUGACGGCCGUUUCAAGGAUAUCUUCCAGGAGAUCUUUGAGAAGGACUACAAGAAGGAUUUCGACGCCAAGAACAUCUGGUACGAGCACCGUCUGAUUGACGACAUGGUUGCCCAGAUGAUCAAGAGCGAGGGCGGCUUCGUCAUGGCGCUGAAGAACUACGACGGCGAUGUCCAGUCUGACAUCGUCGCCCAGGGCUUCGGCUCCCUCGGUCUGAUGACUUCCACCCUGGUCACUCCCUCCGGCGAGGCCUUUGAGUCCGAGGCCGCCCACGGCACCGUGACCCGCCACUACCGCGAGCACCAGAAGGGCCGCGAGACCUCUACCAACCCCAUCGCUUCCAUCUUUGCCUGGACCCGUGGCCUCGUCCAGCGCGGUAAGAUCGACGAGACCCCCGAGGUCGUUGCCUUCGCCGAGGAGCUCGAGCGCGCUUGCGUUGAGGUCGUCAACGACGAGGGCAUCAUGACCAAGGAUCUGGCCCUUGCCUGCGGCCGCAAGGACCGCGAGGCCUGGGUUACCACCAACGAGUACAUGGCUGCCGUUGAGCGGCGCCUGAAGGCAAACCUCAGCGCUCGCCUGUAG